AUGAGGAAGGUCUUGAAGUUGGCCCCUCUGGGUUUACUCCUGGGGGGGCCACCCUGCGGCUCAUGGGUGUUCAUUAAUAGAGCGACCAGUCUACGAAGUAUCCACCGAUAUUUUGGCGACUGUCGAAAAGAUUAUGUGCGCUGUGCCAACACGAUCACAACAAGGUGGGUCAUGCUAGGCCUGCUAGCGGCAGCACGGGCUGUGAUGUGGUUGACUGAGCAACCACGGUCCAGCCUAAUGGAAGGUUGUCCAUACUUUCGUUAUGCUGCAUUGGCUUUGCGGCCUAUUUGCUGGGACUCUGUGUCAUUUCCCAUGGGUGCCUACGGGCACGACAGCCAAAAACCUUCGCUUCUCUUUGGAUCUGGGCCAUGGCUUCAGAACUUGAAGAAGAAAUUGUCAAACGCAGACAAGCAACGGAUCGAGAAAGUGAAGAAGGACCCGAAGCGAGCCAUGGUCAUUAAGCAAGGUGGUCCGGGUAUGAGCAAGUCGGCGGCCUAUCCUAGAAAAUUUGCCAAGAAGAUCUUCCAAGAACAUUCUGCUUUCAGACGUGACAAUGCUGAUGCACUUGCCCUGCCGUCCGGGCCAGCUGUUGUGGAACCCCAGAUCCAAAUCAAGGCUGUCAGAAAAGCAAGUGUUGCGACAACAGUGGCAGCCACAGAUGAAGCUGCCAGGACCAAUGCUUUGGAAGGUUUAGCUAUGUCAAAGCUUAGCCCUGUGACACCACCACACCUGAUUCGGAGAAACAACACACCAACAAUCUUGCACGGAUCAGUGGGUGAUCAGGCGAUUUUACAGCCAGCAACUGGCAACAGCACCGGCAGCAAGAGCAAAGCUUCACGCCCACGACACCUCAAAAGAAAUCAGCGUGCUAAGAAGAAUCGCCUCUCAGCAGCAAAGUCAAAAGCAGCUAGACCAGACACGACAGAUGCAGCAACUGCGCCCGUCCCUGUUUCCCAUGCUGUCCCUGAAGUACCUGAUGCCAGUGGCAGUGAUGCAGCCAAUGAAAUCCAGCCACCUCCUGAAACCACCGCAGCCCCUCAGCAGAGUGGACCCCGUGACGGUUCCCCCGCUUCUGUCCGGACCCAUGCAUACACGGCAACUGCAGAUGGCAUGCCUGUUCCUGCUAGUGUUGGUCAGAACAAAGCUUCCCUGCCCCCCAUGCUCCUUGUCAAGAAGGAACCCAAGGAACCAGUCACACUGCCUGGCCUCAAGACCACAACUCCCACCAGUCAAAGGCGAGCCACCCACGUUGCACAUGCAAAAAAUGAAAACAUGCAGCGUGCCAACACACAGGAUCUUGCGCAGCCUGCAGGGACCCCAUCAGCGACACCUGCAAAUGCAAAUGCACCGCCCCCGAAGUGUUCAGCGCCACCUCCACGCCCAACAACCUGGCAGCCCCACCACAAAAUUGUGUAUACUGAUGAUGCUGAGAACAACAUCAAUCACCCAUCAGAAUACCCCCAAGACUUUUUGGAUACCCUGGCUGAUGCAGAAGACCAAUCCCAGAACAACACCAAUGGCACUGUUAGCACCGGUGGUGGCCCGCCAGAUGAGCCAGGUGACAGACGGAAAAAGGUGAAAACAGCACACCAGAAAGCAAUGCACGCCAGAUACAUGCGCUUCAGCCGAAGUCUCAAGAGUGCCAAGACCCCAGUGGAAAUCCGACGGGCUGGCAAGUCCGCAGCUUACUGUCACGAGAAGCUGCAAAUACUUCUCGAAGCAUGGGAAGCAUCGAAAGGAGAAUGGUCAAGCUCACAGCUCUACAAGACCAUCACGCAGCGGAAGACAACCACUUGCCAUGGUGCCAGGGUGUGGUUAACCCGUACACAAAUAGCCUCAAAGUACCAAGACCAAAGUAUCGCAGACUGCAUAUGUGAUGCAAAGCUGGCGGACAAAGAGUUGGCCGCCAGCCAGACCAAAUGGCACCCAGACGGGGUGGGCAUUGAGGCGCUUCGCCUCUUUUUGGUUUGGGAUUCCGAAGGGAUCAGCGAAAAGGAAGACUCAAUAAUCGAAGAUUUAUUCUCAGCAGCAGACAAAGAUGAGAGUGACUCUGAGUGCAGCCGCACCAAGCGCAAGAAGAGCAGCAAAUCCAAAAAGAGCAAGAAGAGCAAGAAGCCCAGCAGUGAAAGCAGCCCCUCAAGUGAUGAAGGAAGCGAUGAUGAAAGCAACGAUUCCGGUGCGUCGGGUGAGGACAAGAAAAAGAAAAAGAAGAAGGGUGGCAAGGCAAAGAAGUCAAAGGGCAAGGGAAAGAAGGAGAAGAAAGAGACUGAUGAGCAGAAGCAGAAGCGUCUCAGGAAAGAAAAGGAGAAAGCCGACAAGGAAGAAAAGACUCGAAAGGACAAAGCAGAGAAUGAGCUCAUUGCCAAAGCGAAAAAGGCUGGUCAUUUUCUGUGUUGCAGGCCUGCCCCCCAAGAUGGGUUAUGCACGUGUGUGCGCAUGUGUGUGCUAUGUUGUUUCAUUGUAGCUACUUGGGUCACCAUAUUAACAUCAUGCUACAGGGUUGGAAGCAUAUGUCUACAAGACCUGGUGAAAUCUUGUCCAGAGCCCGGCUGCCAUAGACAUACAAUGGGAGGUGAUCGUGUCUUGUUUGGAACCCCUUGGGAUUUGGCCAGGUCACAGAAAACCUUCAACAAUACCCAUCUUCUGUGGUACAGUACAGAUCUUCAAAAAGACGAUUGUGAAUCCAUGUUUUUCAACUCUAUCAUAUCUUGA